CACUGAGCAGUGAGCACAUCGUGAAAAUUGUUACGAGGAGGUAUUAACCUCUGCCGCGAAAAAAGUGUCUGUAGUUCUUAAUUUAUGUGAUAAAAGAUAAAUAUUUAUAACUGAUAAAAAAUGGAGUCUCUUGGAAGUUUGGGUGGCAGUGGGCUAACCAGUGCUCAAAAAGAAGAGUUGAUGGACAAAGUCAAGCAGGAAAUUGCUUUAGCAAAUUUUCAAGAACUACUAACGAAAAUUACAGAAAAAUGCUUUAAACAAUGCAUCAACAAGCCAGGAAUUAGCUUAGAUAAUUCUGAACAAAAAUGUGUUGCAAUGUGUAUGGACCGAUAUAUUGAUUCAUACAAUGUAGUGUCAAAAGCUUAUAGUACCAGAAUACAAAUGGAGCGCAAUUGAAAUCUAUAGUCUAGACUAUAUUUUUUAGGGAUAUUCAAUGUUUGUAAAAUCAUUUUAUAUCCAUAGAGAAUUAUAAGUGUUGUAAAUAAAUUGUUUUCAAUAUUUA